AUGCAGACCCAAGUACGUGUAGAGUCGAUCGCUAAGAGCUUUGUGGACGAGUUGAGUGAAUUUGGUCGCAACAUCGAAAAUAAUAUCGCAAGCUUGAACACGGAUAGUCAGCAUAGUUGUGAAGCAUAUCAACGUGCGAAAGAUCAAAUUACCGGUAAUGCGCUAGAAUUACAGAAUAAGUUAGAGAGUCUCAUUCACCAGUCUGAGCAACAAUCAUUCAAGCAAAUGUUAGUAAGUAUCCAAAAACAAUUUGAAACAACAUCCAAAGAUUAUCAAGAAAUGGACAGCCAUUUCCGAAAUUAUGGCUACAGUAGUCCCAAGAUUGAAAAUAAAGAGAAUACCACUCCUGAGGAUGAUAAGGAAGUAGAUACCGAUCCUUCUAGCAACCAGCCACCUUUAAAUGCCACACCAAAACUCGAAGGACUUUCACAUUUCGCCUUGGAAGCUAUCCGUAAACAACAGUUCGACGAACUGCAAUCCGGCAAUGUAUCGUUAAGUGGAAUAAAUAAGCACACCAAUAUUCCAAAGACCGAUACACCGCCAUUGCCAGACUUUAAAACACCUGGACUCAAUCGAAAAAAACAAUGCUUACGAAAAGAUUCAAAAUUAGCAAAUGCCUUAAAUAAUAUAGAUAAUGAAUCCUCUAUCCCCAAAAGACCAAGGAUAAGUAUGCUAGAAAAUGAGGAAGAUUACGAUAUUACGGAGCAACUUCAGUCACCAUGCAUGCCGCAACUGGCGACUCCUGGAUUAAUUACGAAGUCAACGACAAAAAAGAAAGCGACUCUAGCAACAGAACCUGCCCCCGUAGUUGAUAGUGUUUGUGCAAGUUUCCUUGGCCAUGCUGGAGUGAACAGUCCAUUGUACUCUCCAAAUCGAAGCGAUAAAGAUAACUUGAGCACCUUAGUCUCGGAAGCAACCGCAGCUAUCAGUAAAUUAUCAUCUGAAGAAUACCAAGAAUAUAGUAAUAGUGUCAAUAAUCCAAUGGAUUUGCAAUUUCUAAACCUAACAAUUGCGAAACUUAACUCUUUGGUAAUCGGGUCAGAAAUUGCUGGUGAAAGAUUAGUGAUUGAUAAGGCAUUACUCUGUGAAAAAGUUGGGAUUGAUGGGGUCAAAUGCAAUCGGACGUUAUUGCAGCUUUACAAGUUGAAGCGACUACGUAAAAGUUCAGUUGCUGGAAAAUAUUUGAGGCAUGCAUCUUUUCAGCGAUGCUAUAUCCAGAAUUACAUAUCUUUAAUGCAUUGA